UCGGAACACGUCAACAGUACUCACACAUUUCGGACUAUCCUAAAUUAUAGCGUUUUCCUGCCUUUCGGGACAAUAAAGCCAAUGUGACCGAUGAUGGGGAACAACCCGAGCUCCACCCAGGUGGCCCGGAGACCGCCAGACUGUCGUUGCGAUGACGAGGUCUUCCACGGAAGCCACCGGAACCCCGAGCGGAAUCGCAGUCGCCACUGCUUCGUGGUGCGAUCGCAGAAGCCGGCGCACAGGUUCAGGCUACUGAACGCGGAAACCGGCUGCUGCUGUUCUCCUCCUCCUCUUCCUCUCCCUCUUCCUCCACCUCCGCCUCCGCCUCCUGUGACCUCGAGUGCGGGCUGCCGUUGCGCUCUUCCCCCGAAGCCCCGUCAUCGGUGCUGCUGUUCCUCGCCUCCUGAACCUGUGAGGCAGCGGGCUUGCCGCAGCUCCGGAAACGAAGGUGUCGUUGGGAGGGUGAGCCGGAGGCCUAAAGUCUGUCACCCGGAUGCGUACCCUGUGGCGCUCCAUCCCAGAACAGCGGUUGUUCCCGAAGGGGCACUUUUCCCCGAGGCAGAACCCCCUGUUGUGCUCCCACGGAGCGUCUCCGCGCAGUCCUUGCAGCCCGCUGUCCAGGCGCUGAAGGGAAACUGCCAGCAGCCCCCGGAUCCGUACUACCCGCAUCCCCCCAGAACCACGCGAAUGCCGGAGGUGGAUCCCCUGGUCAACUUCGACCUGAAUCGGUUCGAUAGGGAUGCCACCCAUCGAGGACCUGGCGGGAGGAGGAGAAACGUGUCCAUUCGCACCUGCGUCGACUACGACUACGAACCGCAGUAUCCUUCACGCGAGAGGUCUCAUCCACCUCGGCCAGGUCCUCUCGAGUUUCCUUCUCCACCACUGCAAGGACCUUCUGGAUACACAUCCCACCCUCCAAUCGUGCGUGCGCCUAGAACUCGGUCACCCCAACGAUCAUAUCAACCCAGAGGACUUCCGGAAUCCUACGAUCAUGCGGAAAUCGAACAUGUCAAGUGUCCUUAUAGGUGAUGGAUUUCAGUCAGUUUAAAUUGCACAGUCAAUAAAUCAAAUUAAAAAUUUUCAGUUUUGCUUAUCGAUAGUUGCAGUUCGAUACAUCCACACAGUUUGAAAGCCACUGUGAUUGAUGCGCACUGGAUUUAAGUAUUGCAAAGCGCACUGUAGAAAGAGGA